AUGCCAAGAUACGCGACUCUUCAUGCGCGAUCCAAGAUCCAUUGAGCGGCGACUCACCGCUCGUUGGCGCCGCGUAUCAUGCAAAUGGGUCACUUCACAAUCUCCUUGAUAGCCAUCAAGCAUUCUCUCACACUUGUGCUCGAAAAUGGCGCGUUUCAAGGUCAAUUCAAUGUUCCUGUUGACUGCCUUCCUGUGUUUCCUGCUCUCCGCUACCGACGGCCAACAAGUGGGUACCAACUGCUCCGACCCCCGCGUUCGUCGCUCUUGGGAUAUGUACAAUACUACGGAGAAGAGUUUGUACCUGGAAGCCGUUGGUGUCGCCAUGGACAAGGGAUUCCACCAAAAGUUCGUCCAAAUCCACACCGAGUAUAUGUCCGAGAAAGAGGCCCACAGCAACUGCAUGUUCAUCUACUGGCACCGCAUGAUGCUGCUGGGAUACGAGAACAUGCUUCGCAGUCUGGACUCAAAGUACCAGUGUGUUACGCUUCCGUACUGGGAUCAUGUAUCGGCUAGAGCCCGGCGUUCAACUGGAAACUGCACCAGUCUCCUAAGUUGCUCACCAUUCCUCGCUGAUUCAAGCGGCGAUAUGACGGGGGUCAGCAAGAGUCUGAUUAUCUACAAUGUCAGCAUCCCGACUUCUUCAUCCACUACCUGUAUGAGUCGAUUCCCACUCUCCCAGUUUUGCGGUAAUAAUACGGGUUGCGCAAAGUGUAUCACCCGAAAAACAAGGAGCGCAAUGUCCAGUACUGCGUAUCCAGAUUCGGCCUCAUUCACUUCGGUGUAUCAGCAGUUAUUCUCCUCCAACGACUCCUACACAUUCACCUCUCAAGUCGAGCGCGGCGUGCACAACACUAUUCACAGUGCUCUUGGUGGUGUGAUGGCGUAUUUCCAGUCUCCUGCUGACCCGAUCUUCUAUCUUCAUCACGCAUUGGUGGACCUACUGCAAGUAAUUUAUUUCAAGUGUCAAGUUGGAGGUGAAAAUAUUUUACUUACAGCCGGAGCCAAGGGCAACGACUCGCGUUGGUUCAAUAGUUGUUCGAGACGAACUACUGGUUCCUACUCGUCCACCGACAAUAUCACCAUACGCGGCUUUGCCUACGACGGAAAGACCGUCGUCAAUGUGUGGCAAGACCCCAAGAACAUCUUGUAUCCAUUUUUCAAGGAUUUACCUUACAAAUACGCCGACUACGUUGAUGCUAAAGAUUUGGGAAACUAUAGUUACACCUACGCGAUGAGUGGCGGGCUGGCUACUUUUUACCAGAAGUGCUGGGCAUCUACCGAAGUGUCUGCUACUACAACUUUACUAGCAGAUGAGCGUCAACACUGGGGACACGGCAGAGAUAGAGGAGAUCUCUACCCGAUAAUUGAGCCAGGAACGUCGUAUGAUGAGAAGGUGAAGCGCUGGAAUAUUGCACUUUAUGAAGCUGCUCGCAUUGUUGGAUAUGAGGAAAAAGCGGCCAAGGACCAGAUGGAGAUGGUAAUGUGCCAAUACCAAGAAGACUGUCUUGGUGGCGUUGUCGACUAUACGGAUCUCUUCCGAGCCAACUUUGGUGUUGAAGGUCAUCCACGUUGCUAUACUAUACUGCAAUACUUAGACUCGGGCGAUCGGGUCAUCGGCAUCCCGCAGUGGAAAGCGAUUACGAACCGGUUUCUGCCGUGCUCAGCGUACAAGAAGAAGGACAGUCCCGUGUCGGAUUUCGCAAAGGCGGUCAGCGAAUUGAAGAAAGGCUUGCAAGGAGGCAAGAGUUCGGACGACUACGUCUCGGCUACAUACUUUUGAGUAGUGCAUGAACUGAAGUUGGAAGGUAGCGAAUAUUUUUUGCAAAUCACCUUACCAAAAUUGUGUGUUUGCGUUCGAUUUGGCUAAACACAAACAAAGGCUCACGCAAA